GAGGCUUGCCCCUCCAGGCUGGGCUAGGGGUGGGGCAAAGAGCCUACUGGACGUUGCCUGGGUUCCCUUGCUCCCAGCUGCAGCUGAAGGAGGAGGAGGAGGAGGAGGAGCUGGGCUGAGGGGAGGAGGAGGAGCUGGGGGAAAUCUCAGAGCCCCCGCCCUCUCCCACCUCCUCCCUCCUGUGAAUUGGGAGGGGGAGUCUGAGGAGCCUGGCGGCCCCAGGGGGAAGCCAGGAGUUCGAGGAGGAGCAGCCCAGGGCCAGGGGAGAGAGACAAAGAGACAGAGAGACCCAGAGAAGGAGAAACAGAGGGAGACCCAGAGACGGGGAGAGACCGAGCUAGAGAGCCCAGCAGUCAGAGCCAGAGCCAGGCAGAGGCAGCCGUGAGGGGGAGCCCAAGCCAGGCAGGCCAGGCAGGGGCCGAGCCAACAUGGAGCAGUUACCCAGGAAAGUCCUCCUCUGGCAUCUCCUGCUCCUGCAGACCUGCAGUGUCCACCUCUUCUCAGCCACACCUCCAGGGUCAGGGGGCAGCACGGUGGUGUCCGAAGCUAGCCUGAGCCAGCCUGCCGGAGCCCGCGCUCUCCUGCGUUGCCAAAGCCUCCGCAUGGUGUGGACGCAGGACCGCCUGAACGAUCGGCAGCGAGUGGUCCACUGGGACCUGAGUGGUGGCCCUGGCAGCACCCCACGCCGACUCCUGGACAUGUAUUCUGCCGGGGAGCAACGCGUCUAUGCCUCUAGGGACCACAACCGCCUCCUCCUGGCUCCCUCAGCCUUCCAGGAUGGCAAUUUCUCUCUGAUCAUCCGCUCUGUGGAGGAGCAGGAUGAAGGCUUGUACACCUGUAACCUUCACCACCAUUACUGCCACCUCUACGAGACCCUGGCCAUUCGUCUGCAGGUCACCGAUGACCCCAUGGAAGCUGGCGCCCACUGGGACGGCGAGAAGGAGGUCCUGGUGGUGGAGAGGGGCUUCCCGGCGCUGCUGACAUGUGUGAACAGAGCCCAGGUGUGGACCGAACGACACAUAGAGGAGGAGCAGCAAGUGGUCCACUGGGACCGGCAGCCUCCGGGCGUCCCUCAUGACCGUGCUGACCGCCUGCUGGACCUGUAUGCCUCAGGUGAGCGGCGUGCCUACGGCCCUCCCUUUCUGCACAGCCGCAUGGAGGUCAGCAAGGAUGCCUUUGCCCGGGGAGACUUCUCCCUGAGCAUCGACCCCUUGGAGCGGGCGGACGAGGGCACCUACUCCUGUCACCUGCACCAUCACUACUGCGGACUCCACGAGCGGCGCAUCUUCCACUUGGCCGUCUCGGAGCCCUUGCCUGAACCCCGAGGCCCUGCCCCAGCCCCUGAGGACACCCCCAGCAACCGUACCAGCCAGAGCCGAAGCCCGUCCCCUGCUGAUCCGCCGGUGGUCCAAGGCCACAACGUCAUCAAUGUCAUCAUCCCGGAAAGCCGGGCACACUUCUUUCAGCAGCUGGGAUACGUGCUGGCCACCUUGCUACUCUUCAUCCUUCUCCUCAUCACCGUGGUCCUCGCCACGCGUCAUCGGCGGCACAGAGGCUACGCCUACGAUGUGAAGAAGUCUGGCGGGAAAGAUGUUAAUUUGAAGGAGUUUUCAGCAGAUUCAGCUGAUUUGUCUCAGCUUAGGAGCGAGGACAUCAGGCUGGAUUAUAAAAACAACAUCCUGAAGGAGCAAGUGGAGCUGGCCUUGGGAGUCCCAGCCAAAAACAUCGACUUAGACAGGGAGUUCCGGAAGGAAUAUUGCAAAUGAAGAGUCCGGCAUCCGGCCCAUCCUCAGAAGAUUCCGCUUCCCCAUCGUUGCCCCUGGGGUCCCCAUCGUGGCCUCCUCCCACUCACCCAGGACUUCCAUCUGGUCUGGCCCACCCCUGCGGCAGGUCCCGCUCUCUUUGGGGUUUGAUUGGAUCUUGGCCACCAGGAUGGGGUGAGUUUGGGGGUGAGAAGCCCCGUUUCUGUUGGAUCGCCCACGUCCCACUUUCCCCUCAGCCCCAGAGGCUCAGGGCUGGACCCUCCCUCUGUGCCCACAUUCAAAGCGUCCCUUGCUCCCUGGGAACUCUCAGGGCGGUGUCUCUUCUGGGGUGCUUUGCCCCUAUGCUCUGCUCACCCUUCCCACCAAUGGACCAACACAUGUCCCGACGGGUGCCUUGUGAGUGGGACGUGGUGCUCUGUGAUGUCCCCCAAUUCUCUACAAGCUGGGAACUCUACCAGCGAGGGCUGGUCUCACGGACCCUUCUUCACACAUUUUAAACAGCUCCCUCCAUCCCUGCCAGCAGCCCGUGCCCAGGCCAUAUCGUGCCAGCUCUGCCCUUGCUACACCUUCUUUCCCCUCUAGCCUUGGCUCUGGUUGCUGGAACAAGGCUUGGUGUUCUUGAAGCCUAGAACCUCUCUGCCCCACUGUACCCCGAUUCCCCCAACUGGGCCUCUUUCUUCCUCCUCUUCUGAGCCCUCGUUUUUGUGACUUUGGCUGUGGCCGUGGGAGCAGCGAUGGAAGAAGGAGCUGCUCUGCCAAGUGAAACGGAGCUCUGGAGGAACCCUUUGGAAAGCCUUUUCAUUGACAAAACUCCUAGGGAGUUGACUUAGGAAAGAAAUUAGAGGCUAGGAAGGAAGGAAGGAAGGAAGGAAGAAAGGAAGGAAGGAAGGAAGGAAAGAAGGAAGGAAGGAAGGAAGGAAGGAAGGAAGGAGGGAGGGAGGGAGGGAGGGAGAGAAGAAAGGAAGGAAGAAAGGAGAGAGGGAGGGAAGGAAGAAAGGAGAGAGGAAGGGAGGGAAGGAAGGAGGGAAGGAAGGAAGGAAGGAAGGAAGGAAGGAAGGAAGGAAGGAAGGAAGGAAGGAGGAAGGAAGGAGGGAGGGAGAGAAGAAAGGAAGGAAGAAAGGAGAGAGGGAGGGAGGGAAGGAAGGAAGGAAGGAAGGAAGGAAGGAAGGAAGGAAGGAAGGAAGGAAGGAGGGAGGGAGAGAAGAAAGGAAGGAAGAAAGGAGAGAGGGAGGGAAGGAAGAAAGGAGAGAGGAAGGGAGGGAAGGAAGGAGGGAAGGAGGGAAGGAAGGAAGGAAGGAAGGAAGGAAGGAAGGAAGGAAGGAAGGAAGGAAGGAAGGAAGGAAGGAAGGAAGGAAGGAAGGAAGGAAGGAAGGAAGGAAGGAAGGAAGUUGCCAAGUUGCAGAAUGGAUGCAGAGUCAGGGAGGGAAGAAAGAAAGGGAGGAGGGGGAGAUGCUGACAAUUCUCAUUUUCCUGGUUUGGAAUCUCCCGCUAAUUUGUGUUUCAGAAACGGUUUAUUAGGAAGGGGUCCCUGGGUGGGGAGGGAGGAUGGACUCUCAGAUGGUGGAUGGGAGAGGAUGAGAGGAGAAGGGAAUGACUGAAUGGGGAGCUCCAGAACUUGAAGCAGGGCUUCCCCCAGGAGGAGAGGAGCUGGGAGGGAUGGAUGGUUCAGGGUUUACUUUGGGUCAUUGGAGAGUGGAAACUUCUCUCCUCUCCCCCAUUGCAAAUCCCAUUUCUGGCAACCCAGAGGGGAGUGGAGUGGCCCAGCUAUGGGCAGGUCCUGGAAGGCAUCUUUUUCCCCCAGUUCCCCUCAUCACAGCCCCAGAAACCCUUUAGCAAUUCAGUGUAGGCAUCUUUCAACGAUCUGACUCUCAUUUACUUUAUGGGCUAUCGGUGGCAAAAUUAACGUCCGAAGGUCCUUUCUUCCAUCCCUAAUCUCAGUCCCUGGGGGCUAAGGACAGGCUGAUUCCCUGUUGUGCCAGGCAGGAGUGAAGCAUCCCGUAAUUUAUUCCACAUAGGUAGGUUCUAUGAUCACUGGGGCCUGGCCAGCUGCACUAUCUCUGGGUUAUCUGGAUUUUCCUGUUAUUACCUGGUGUUUGGGAAUGUUCUAUGCUAUCCCUAACUUCGUUUGGAAUGACCAUUUGGAGAUUAGUCCUCCUUUUCUCCAAAGACCUAGUUACUGAUGGCUGGGAGAGGAGGGAGGAUGCUCAGAACUGGUUCAUAGGUGACCACAUCCUCCACCCACCUUGGCUCCAUCUGCCUGGUACUCAAAGCUGUGAGACUGUUCCCACAGAGAUUCCAAAGUGAAUUGGAGAGGUGUUGGACUUUCCUCCUUUAUCAAUGAACAAACAAUUUAUUAAGCACCUACUAUGUGCCAGGCAGUGUGCUAGACUCUAGGGUUUCUGUAUGAAAGACCUCCCCCAUUAGAUGGUAAGCCCCGCAAGGGCAAAGAUUGGUUUUUGCCUUCCGUUAUAUUCCUAGGACUUAGGAGAGUACCUGGCACAUAGUAGGAGCUUCAUAACUGACAACUCUUGAGGAGUUUACAUUCUAAGGGAGAAUACAUGUACAUACAUGGGUAUGUACAGGAUAUUUACAAGUCAGAGACAUGGUAACCUUGGAGAAGAGGUCCUGGAAGCCCAAGGGGAUAAGGGCAAGGUCUCAGCAGAAGUUGCUUCUUGACUGAAUGAGUCAUGAAGGAAACCAGGAAUUCUCCAUCCCCAGCUCUAUCAUCCUCUUCCUCCUGUCCACGAUGGCCCUUUCCUUCCUCUAUCCCAUCAUUCACCAAUCAGAACUCCUGUCAGUUGGUAUGGGGAAGAGGCUGGAGUAUGGUGAUCGGCUUCCACUCCUGACUACUGUGCAGGGCAGUUGAUGCAGGGAUGGGUUUCCCUUGGCCUGUGUGCCUUGGUGCCACCAUCUCACAUUUCUUGAUUUGGACUCCACUGACCCCACGGUUGGUCAAUCAUUCUCUCCUCCUUCCAAUAUAUCAUCCUGUAUAUUUUUCAUCUACGUCAUAGUAAUGGAGACAAUAAAGACCAAAGGUACCUGUG